AAGCAGCAGGAGACUUCCCUUGGUCAGUUUCGCCUAAACCUCGGGUCCUUCCCUGACCAGACACAGCCAUGGCGAUCUCCCAGAUCUCCCGCGGGACCCUGGCCCUCCUCCUCGCCGCCGUCCUUGCCGCGGCCCCGGCCGCGCUUGCGGACGGCGACGAGGUGGUGGCCCUCACCGAGUCCACCUUCGAGAAGGAGGUCGGGCAGGACCGCGGCGCCCUCGUCGAGUUCUACGCCCCCUGGUGUGGUCACUGCAAGAAGCUUGCUCCUGAGUACGAAAGACUUGGUGCAAGUUUUAAGAAAGCUAAAUCCGUCUUGAUUGCCAAGGUUGAUUGUGAUGAGCACAAGAGUGUGUGCAGCAAGUAUGGAGUUUCUGGGUAUCCAACAAUCCAGUGGUUCCCGAAAGGAUCCUUGGAGCCCAAAAAGUACGAAGGACAGCGCACUGCAGAAGCCCUUGCUGAAUUUGUUAAUACCGAAGGAGGCACAAACGUAAAGCUGGCAACCAUUCCUUCAAGUGUUGUGGUGCUCACCCCAGAGACAUUUGACUCGGUAGUUCUUGAUGAAACGAAAGAUGUCCUUGUUGAGUUCUAUGCCCCAUGGUGUGGUCAUUGCAAGAGUCUUGCUCCGACUUAUGAGAAGGUGGCUUCUGCUUUCAAGUUGGAUGAGGGAGUCGUUAUUGCAAACCUUGAUGCUGACAAACACAGGGAUUUGGCUGAAAAGUAUGGAGUUACUGGAUUCCCUACAUUGAAGUUUUUCCCAAAGGGAAACAAAGCUGGUGAAGAUUAUGAUGGUGGCAGGGACUUGGGUGACUUUGUCAAGUUCAUUAAUGAGAAGAGUGGUACCAGCCGUGAUACAAAGGGUCAGCUCACCUCAGAGGCUGGCCGGAUAGCAAGUUUGGAUGCCCUGGCUAAGGAGUUCCUUGGUGCUGCCAGUGACAAGCAGAAGGAAAUCCUUUCUAGUAUGGAGGAGGAGGUAGCUAAGCUCAGUGGUUCAGCUGCAAAGCAUGGAAAGGUCUAUGUAACCAUCGCAAAGAAGGUCAUAGAGAAAGGCAACGACUAUACUAAGAAGGAAACCGAGAGGCUUCAACGCAUGUUGGAGAAGUCCAUCAGCCCCUCGAAGGCCGAUGAAUUUAUCAUCAAGAAGAACGUUCUUUCAACAUUCUCUUCCUAAGGCAAAUGGCUGGUUCCAUUUUCACGUUUCAGUUAUAGGCGAAGUGAACUGCAAUAUUAGGGGGUGUGAUAAUGAGAGUUAAUUGGUGGUAGAACUAAUUUUGGGGGUUUACCUCUAGCAUAUGUGAUAUUUAUGCCCGUUUCACGAACCGCAGUUCUUUUCCUCCUUGCCCAUAGUUUACUUUUGGAUGGAGAAAUGAGAUAGAAAACCUUUGUGACUACAGAACAGAACUUCUUUUAUUCCAAUAAUAAGGCUCAUUUUGUGGGCUUUAUAUGUCUUUUUGGAAAA